UUAUGAAGAAAGAGCAAGUUGCUAAUUGUCAGUUUUCGGUUUGGUAUCCUUUAUUUAAGAAGCAUACAAUUAAAAGUUUGAUUCUACCUCUGCCUCAGAAUGUAAUCGAUUACCUUUUGGACGACGGGACGUUAGUGGUUUCUGGAAGCAGCGACAACAACAAUCAGCCUUCGCAGAACAAUAACAGCGGCUCAGAAGACGAGGACGACGUCCAGUGGUCUGACGAUGAGACGACAACAGUCGUCACGGCUCCAGAAUUCCCAGAAUUUUGCUCAGAAGUUCAGGAAGCGAUAAAUUCCCUCGGUGGAUGUGUCUUCCCUAAACUGAAUUGGAGCGCACCACGGGAUGCUAACUGGAUUGCCCUGAACAGCUCGCUGCAGUGUCAGAGUCUCAGCGACAUCUUCCUUCUGUUUAAAAGCUCAGACUUCGUCACGCACGAUCUCACACAGCCGUUCCUUCAGUGCAACGACGACUCUCCAGACCCUGUUAUAAACUAUGAGCUCGUGCUGAGGAAAUGGAGCGAGCUCAUUCCUGGAGGGGAAUUUCGCUGCUUUGUGAAAGAGAACAAGCUGAUUGGAAUCUCUCAGAGAGACUACACACAGCAUUACCAGCACAUCUCCAAACAGGAAGUGAGUAUCUCCUCCUCCAUCCAGCAGUUCUUCAGAGAGCACAUUCAGCACCAGUUCCCCAACGACGACUUUGUCUUGGACGUGUACAGAGACAGCAUGGGUCGUGUGUGGCUGAUCGACUUUAAUCCGUUCGGCGAGGUUACAGACUCGCUGCUGUUCACGUGGGAGGAGUUAACAUCUGGAACCAGUCUUUCAUUACAGGAUGGUCCUGCUUUCCGUUACACCACCAGCGAAGUGACCGUCCAGCCAAGUCCAUGUUUGUCUUAUCGAAUCCCGCGAGACUUCCUGGACCUGUCCACUGGAGAGGACACUUACAAGCUAAUCGAUUUCCUCAAACUGAAAAAAGGUCAACAGGAUGAUGACGAAGACGACGACGACGAGCCUCACACGGCCAGUGUGUGAAAACCCCUGUUUCCCAACGUUCACUUCCUCUGUGUACUCAUUAGGGACGGUUCAUUAAUUUCCCACCACAUGAUGUCUAUAAUGUACAUAGUGUAAACUUCAACACCGGGAGAUUCAAAUGCGACAACGCUCUGGUCUUAUCCGCACACAAAUACGAGCAAGUACGCACCCUAUAAGACACCCCCGCCCGAGUCUGCUUGCGUUAGUGCAGAACGGUGUUAGAAUAAAGAAAGAAGUAAUGAUGUAACGAUUAUUUAAGCCAUGCUUCUCAAAUGUACACUUGUAAAUGUUACAAUAAGACAAUCUGGGUUUGUUCUGAAUAAACGUACGAGGUUUAAA